GAAAACCGCUGCACGCGGCCCCCACGGCUGGCUGGUGGUCGACAAGCCCGGCGGGAUUACCUCUGCGCCGUCGUCGCCCGCAUCAAGUCCGCGGUCGGCCGCGGCGCAAAGGUGGGGCAUGCGGGCACGCUCGAUCCGAUGGCCACGGGAGUCCUGCCGGUGGCUAUCGGCGAGGCCACCAAGACGGUCGCCUUCAUGAUGGAUGCACCCAAGCGCUACCGCUUCGGCGUGCGCUGGGGGGAGCAGCGCGAUACGGACGAUGCCGAAGGUACGGUCAUCGAGACAAGCCAAAGUCGACCCGCCGGAUCGACGGUCGCAAACGUGCUUCCCCGCUUUAUCGGCCGGAUCGAGCAGGUGCCGCCUGCGUAUUCCGCCCUCAAGGUCGGUGGCGAGCGCGCCUAUGCGCUGGCGCGCCAGGGCCGGCCGCCGCAGCUUGCGCCGCGCACCGUCCAUGUCAUGAGCCUGACGCUGACGAAGGCCGACGACGACGGCGCUGCCUUCGUGGUCGAGUGCGGCAAGGGAACCUAUGUCAGAGCGCUGGCCCGCGACAUCGCGCGCGCCGCCGGAACGGUGGGUCACGUGAGUUGGCUGCACCGCGCUGCGGUCGGGCCGUUCGCCGAAGAGGAUGCGAAACCACUGGAUAAACUGGUCGCGCUCGGGCAUAGUCUGGCCCUCGCCGAAAGCCUGCUUCCGGUCGACGCGGCGCUGGCCGACAUCCCGGCACUGCCCCUGACCGCACGCGAGGCAGAUCGUCUGCGCCACGGCCAGCCCGUGCCCGCGCACGGUGCGGCACCCGGGAGGGUCCGCGCCAUCGCCGGGUCCCGGCUCGUGGCGCUAGCCGAAGUCGGCGCGGGUCAGGCCCGCCCGGUGCGGGUCUUCAACAUGUGA